AGAAUGGCAUUUCUACCGGACUGUAACUCGAGGUACCGGUCCGCGGAGUACUGGGACGAGCGCUACCGGACGGAGGAGAGCUUCGACUGGUUCGGGGACUUCUCCAAAUUCCAGCACCUUCUUGUUCAGCAUGUGGGGAAAGACGCACGCAUUCUGAUGUUAGGCUGCGGGAACAGCUCCCUGAGCUGGGACAUGUACCAGACUGGGUACUGCUCCAUCACCAACGUGGACUACUCCAGAGUGUGUGUGGAGGCCAUGGCGCAACGCCACGCCCACACCCCCGGGCUGAGCUGGGUAUGUAUGGACGCCCGGCGCUUGGCGUUCCCGGGCGCAACGUUCCAGGCGGUCGUGGAGAAGGGCGUCCUGGACGCCAUGCUGGUGGGAGAGAAAGACCCCUGGAACAUCUCCAACGGCAGCAGGGAGGUGAUGCAUCAGGUGCUCAGUGAGAUAAGUCGCGUCCUGGAGCCUGGAGGUCGUUUUGUGUCGGUGACCUUUGCCCUACCACAUUUCCGAAAGAGCCUCUACGCUCGCGCCGAGUACGGCUGGUCCAUUAAACACUAUCACUACGGUGACAGCUUCCAUUACUUCCUGUAUGUUCUGACCAAAGGGGAGGAGCUUAACCCCGAGGACGCGGCGUUGGAGAGGAGAAUGCUCACGGAAGCUCCACCCACUGUGGUGAUGUCUCAGGACAAAGAAAGUGAGAGCUUCCUUAAUAGUAUCAGCUUGUAAAAGGCAGUGAGGACGUUUAAACCUCUGAAGUACCUCACAAACCUCUUCUGUUUUAAGCAAUGUUGUACUGUCAACCCACAUUUUUCAUAUUAAUUAUAAAUAUUUUAUACACACACACACACACACACACACACUAAAAGACAAGAAAUGUUUUUGCCAGUACUUGUUCAUAAAAUUGUCUCUCUCUCUCUCUCUCUCUCUGUUGUAUUGUGCUGAUAUGAGAAAACAUUGAGGUACUUUAUCAUCUCAUCAACGUUCUCAUACAGAUGGGUCUCUCAUAAACACGCAGACCACAAAGGCAGAGAGUAUGAGACUGGGUGUGCAUGUCUCUUGCAGAUGAGGUAUAAAUAUUAUACUGGCCACCAUGAUUUCAGGGUAGUCAUUAAUAAACCAGAAAUCAUUUAUUUUUAAUUUUGCCCUGAAAUGUAAUUACUGGCUAUUUUUAAAGGCUGAGGAGAGGUGGAUCCACGUUCAGAUGCCCUGUGCUACUGUGCUUAAGACUGGGGUUGUACACCACUAACACUGGGUGAACAGUCCUGCCUGGAUGAGCAGACAUGACCCCAGAUCAGUCAGUACAGAUCAGUCAGUACAGAAACCACCAAUUUGUCAUGUUUGCUACAUGAAGCCAAAUGAAUCUUUUUUUUUUCUUUUUAAUGGAAAUGUAUUCAUCUCUUUUCUAAUCUUCUUUUAAUGUAAUUACCUGUAGGGAAUGUUUUAUUUCAUAAUUUCUUUCUUUUCAAGCUGAUGUGAAAAUAUGAAAUGUA